AUCAAAAAUGACAAGAUAAAUGAAGUGAAACCCACAGUAUCACACAUUACAUGUACAACGGUGCAUUUUGCACAUAAGAGAACAGAGCUCAUCUAGGAAAUAAUCUGCAUCCUUGCAAACAAUGGAGGAAAUUUAUGAAAAUGUUGAACAAGUCAAAUCCUUCAAUCCAAAACCUUCAACAGAUCACACAGGUAAGGAUACAUUUAUAGAGAGUUAUGUGAUGUUUUUUUUAUUAUCACUGUUGUAGAUGUUAUUGGUUUCACUGGUGUUUUCUCUGUUCAGGUCCAACGAGCUCUGAGAAGAGUUCAUAUUUAGGUGUUACCAUCUUUCUGGGUCUGCUCAGUGUUUUCCUGUUGGUUGGACUCAUCAUCAUUGGUGUCUUCUACCAUAAGUUAAAUGAUUCAGCUGCAGAGCUCUCCGUCAUCAAAGACAACUUGACUGAGCUCUUACAGACCGGCAACAACAAACUCUCCUCCAUGACUGAAGAGAGAAACCUGCUUAACGCCAACCUUAGUAAAAUGACUGAAGAGAGAGACCUGCUGAACGCAAACCUGAAAAAAAUUAUUGAAGAGAGAGACCUACUGAACGCCAACCUGACUAAACUUCAGUGUUUGUUUGAACCGAAUAAAGUGUGUCGUGAAGGAUGGCAAAUGUUCAGUUGUUCCUGUUAUUUCCUCUCUGGAAAGUCUGGUUCCUGGGAUAAAGGCAGUAAAGACUGUAGAAACAAAGCAGCAGAUCUGGUGGUGAUAGACAGCCCUGAAGAACAGAGGUUCCUCGAGGACUUCACCAAGGGACAAACUUGGAUUGGUUUGAAUGACAGAGACAAUGAAGGAAUCUGGAAAUGGGUUGAUGGGACUCCACUGACUCUGAACUACUGGGAUACAAAUCAACCUGAUAACGGAGGUGGAGUCCCAAAGUAUGGUGAAGAAGACUGUGCUCAUAUCAGAAUUCAUGACCUCACUUCUUGGAAUGAUAUUUCAUGUGCGUCAUCUCUGCCAUGGGUCUGUGAAAAGAUACCAUAACUCUACUGGGCACAUUUAAAGUUUAUAUACUGCAUCUAAAUGAGUUUUUUUUUUUUUAAUCAAUAUGAAUGGCAUGUGAUUAAAAUAUGUAAAUAUCACAUCACUUUGCUCCAAUAUCUACACACAUGUAUAAUAACUGAGUUCAAAACUCAUGUAAGCAUUCAUUGCAUUGUUUGUAUUCAGUAUCAGACAGUUGUCUUGACUUAUGACAAGUUUUCCUGUCCUGAUCCAUUUCAAACUAUAGCAUAAUGGUAUCAGGGAACCUCUGGUUAUUUUAACAUGGCAUCAGUUUUCAGCUGGGGCCUGUAUGGGAUAGCAGCAGUUUUUUGAACAAAUCAGAGAUCUCUAAACGAGUUGUGUUGGGGUAAAUCCUGUAUGUAAUAGGUCGUUGGAAAGCUCAUUUUCUUCUGAUUUCAUUCAUAUAAGCCAUUAGAGGAUUCAACCAACACAGCCAACAUAACCAACACAUUUUGCUCAAAACAAUAAAAACAAGAAACAAGCAUAAACUCACCAGAAAAGCCUCAUACCAAUCCAAUAAUCAAUAUUAUCCAGGUCAAAACACUCCUUUUGUAUCGAUAAUGGUUCAAACUGUCCAUUUCAGUCAUAAUUUCAGUCCAAAAAGACUUUUAGUUCCAUAAAAAUCCACGAAAAGCUGUUUCAGUGUCUUGGAAGAAGAAGGAGAUAUGCCACAAUCUACGCAUUUUAUCAAAAAAAAUACACUUAAAUUUUACUGGUGUUUAACUUUUAAAAAUCGCAGCUGAACUCUGACCUUUUGAUUGACACCUCAUUGAACCAUUUCGGAGCUUCUUUGUCCCGUCACCAGCCUUCAGAAGCCAAUAAGAGUCAGCACUGGAAAGAAGCCCCUUCCCCCUUCUUUCAUCCACAUACUGAAACAAUUGCAGCCAACUUAGCGAAUGACAGCGUUUUGUGUAGCCAAUGAUCUGCUCUAAACAGUGAUAUACAACAUGCCCGAGUCUGUGAGCAAGCUGCAGCAAAGUGGUAAUUGGCAUGAUGCAUUCCCUAGCCCCCUAAAUAGUUUGGUUUACCGGCAGAUGGAUCAGUGCGUAUUGGAGCUGGACAUCUGUGCGUAAUUCUCAAUUAGAAACAAUGCGUAAUCUAAAUAUUUUUGAUUGUUUUCUGGUAGUUGUCUGUUUUUCACCUUAUACAUGAUAAUUGCUGUUUGAUAAGAUACGAUGUCAGUGAAUUUCAGGAGUUUUGAUUGUAUAAAAAGUGCAUUAGUGUGUUCCAACUAAUUGACCUCAUGAAUUGUCCUUAUUGCUGUGUUGAUGUUUGGUUUCCAACUUAGCCUGCCAUCUUCUAUAACCCCUAGAAAUUAGUUGUACUCUUUCCAUUUCAACCCAUCAAUUUCUAUUCACACCUUUGUGUUUACUGUGCCUUUGCCAAAUAACAUGAACUUAUUCUUAAAUUUAAUGAUAAUGUAUUCCAGUCAAACCAUAUUUUUUAAUUUUUCAUGUUUCUUCCUGAACCAAAAAUAUUUGUGUCAUCUGCAAAAUGGACAAAUUUUAACCACUUUGCACAUGUCAUUACUAUAAAGUCUUUGUUUUCAUUUUUUGCUUUUGUCUUCUGUUCUGCUUCUGUUUUCUGUCUUGACUGGCCUAAUACUGACCCCUGGGGGGCGCCACAACCAAUGUCACAUACUUAAUAUCCAGGGCAGUGAUGACCCAACAUUACAAACUGUUACUGUUCUUUCAAAUAACUCUUUAACCCAGUUUAAUACCGGCCCCCAUUUUCCAUAUUUUUUCCAGUUUAUUGAACAGUAUGUUAUGUUAUGUUAUUGCAUUAAACGCUUUUUUGAAAUCGAUGAAUAAAUACUAUUGCAUGUGUUUUGUUGUAUGUUGCAUCUGUGAUUUCCUCAAUUGAUUUCAUUAUUGCUUGUAAUGUUGAUGUUGAUCUA